CGCCCCGUCCCGUCCCGUCCCGUCCCCGGAGGAGGAGAAAAUCCGAGCCCACCCGCACUUCCGCUGCCCCGCCCGCCAUGGCGUCCAGCUCCUCCGCGGCCUGGAUCUCGCUGCUGCUCGCCCUCGCCCUCGCGCUGUCGGCGCGGGCGGAGGAGGCCGCGAAGGCGGAGGGGGAGGCCGUGCUCACCCUCGACGUCGACACCUUCGACGAGGCCGUCGCCAAGCACCCGUUCAUGGUCGUCGAGUUCUACGCCCCCUGGUGUGGACACUGCAAGGCGCUCGCUCCAGAGUAUGAGAAGGCGGCACAGUCGCUCAGCAAGCACGACCCACCGAUUGUUCUUGCUAAGGUCGAUGCCAAUGAGGACAAGAAUAGGCCGCUUGCUACCAAGUACGAGGUCCAAGGGUUCCCGACCCUCAAGAUCUUCAGGAACCAGGGCAAGAACAUUCAGGAGUACAAGGGACCUAGGGAGGCUGAGGGCAUUGUUGAGUACCUGAAGAAGCAGGUUGGCCCUGCUUCCAAGGAGAUCAAGUCACCAGAAGACGCGGCAUCCCUUAUUGAUGACAAGAAGAUCUACAUUGUUGGUGUCUUCACAGAAUUCAGUGGCACUGAGUUUACAAACUUCAUGGAGGUUGCUGAGAAGCUGAGGUCUGACUACGACUUUGGCCACACUCUGCACGCUAACCACCUCCCACGUGGUGCUGCGGCGGUGGAGAGGCCAUUGGUUAGGCUGUUGAAGCCAUUUGAUGAGCUUGUUGUUGACAGCAAGGAUUUUGAUGUCACUGCUUUGGAGAAGUUUAUUGAUGCUAGCAGCACUCCCCGAGUUGUUACUUUUGACAAGAACCCCGACAACCACCCAUACCUCUUGAAGUUCUUCCAAAGCUCAGCCCCCAAGGCAAUGCUAUUUUUGAACUUCUCCACUGGACCUUUUGACUCCUUCAAGUCUGCUUAUGCUGCUGUCGCAGAGGAGUUCAAGGACAAGGAAAUCAAGUUCCUCAUUGGUGACAUUGAAGCUGCCCAGGGUGCCUUCCAGUACUUCGGUCUGAAAGACGAGCAGGCACCCCUUAUCCUCAUCCAGGAUGGUGAGUCCAAGAAGUUCUUGAAGGAUCACAUUGAGGCUGACCAGAUUGUCUCUUGGUUGAAGGAAUACUUUGAUGGCAAGUUGUCGCCGUUCAAGAAGUCUGAGCCUAUUCCUGAGGUCAACAACGAGCCUGUUAAGGUCGUUGUGGCUGACAACCUCAAUGAUGUGGUCUUCAAGUCUGGCAAAAAUGUUCUUAUUGAGUUCUAUGCCCCCUGGUGUGGACACUGCAAGAAGUUGGCACCCAUCUUGGAGGAGGCAGCCACCACACUUCAAAGUGAUGAGGAAGUUGUGAUUGCUAAGAUGGAUGCGACGGCGAAUGACGUGCCCAGCGAGUUUGACGUCCAGGGCUACCCGACCAUGUACUUCGUGACGCCCAGCGGGAAGGUCACCUCCUACGACGCCGGCAGGACGGCUGACGAGAUCAUCGACUUCAUCAAGAAGAACAAGGAGACGUCUGGCGCCGCCCAGGCGACAACGACGUCCGAGAAGGCAGCUGAGGCAGCCGAAUCAGUGAAGGACGAGCUGUAAAACCCAACGCUCUGACGCUUGCGGCUGUGAGCAUGGGAGAGGACAGGGAAAACCUGGCGUCGCUAACAUGUUUGACAGCUCCAACGCCAGAUUUUGGAGGGGGAGAGAGGGCAGAGAGAGAGAGAAGGGGGAUCCGCGGCGUGACCGCGUGUCCCAUUGAGAACGAUUCUGUACAAUCACAGUACCUUUUAGUUGAUUCUGAGAAGUGACAGUAGAAAGAUAUGGAUUGUGGUCAAGCUGAAUGAAUAAAUGGCGGUUCCGCCUCGAUAAA